AUGGCUGCGAAUGAACUCUACAGGAGGAUAUCUUUAGAUACAGAAGGAUACGAGGAGAUCUUGGAGAAAGCAAAAGAGCUAGACGCCAGAUUCCACGGUUCAAACGUUGAAAUCGAUCAUCGCUGGACCACGCACAACGCAAAACUGAUAGAAGGCCACCCAACGGAUCGUCUCAUCGUCUUUCGUCCUCAAAAAUCGAGUAAACUUCUCGGGUGCAUUCGCGUUUACGAAGCUGAAACGACAGUUGGAAAAACCACAAAGUUAUGGGACGUUUUUGAAGUGGAAGGGACAUAUAUAGGCAAGAUUCCUAAGGAUUGUCCCUUCGAGGCGAUGCUGGUGGAGGUGAAAUUGAUCACGCUGAAUGAUCAUGCAAAUUGA